AUGGAGUACACUUGUCACAAGGAGAAGAGUUGUCCAGUGGAUCGAGUCAGUCGAAAUCGUUGUCAAGCGUGCCGUUUUCAGAAAUGCCUUGAUAAGGGCAUGUCAAAGGAGUCUGUUCGGCAAGAUCGUACUCGAAAACGCAAAACCCGCGAUGACGAUAAGGAUGUUGAGUUGGAUGAGACCAGAGCGAUGAUGAGAAUCGUCGAGGAAGUCACACAGGCCUACCGCGAGGCAUUCGAAUUGGACAUUUCGUCUCGCGAAAUCUCAUUAUUCAAAGAAUACUCCGAGGACGCAUUGGCAGCAAAGAUUCGGCAAGGCGCUAAAGGAUGCAUGCUUCUCCGAAGCGCAUUUUCUGGUGACGACUCUCCAGUGACGUCGGCUGCCAGCCCGGCAUUAGUGGAAAGGCUACGUAGCGGCCUUGGCCAUGUUGGACUAGAAGAGCUCGCGUUACUCAGUGCCGUACACAUCGCGCAGCCGGACGGAGUUCACGGAAGUGACAAUGUUUCCCUUAAACUCACAGAAUGUCUCCAGGCCCAAGUUCGUCUGAAUAAUCCGGAAAAGGAAAACUCGAGUAAAUUUACUCGAAUGCUUUUUAAGUUACCGCUUCUUGAUGCAUCAUGA